AUGUCUACAACCAUGACAGAAGAUCUCAUGCAAUUUGCUAUUGCCGCCGAAAUGUUCACUCCUUCUACGAGUGCAUAUUCGACUCCGGCAGCACAAUUUACGCCGCAACAGUCUAGUCGGAACAGCGAAAUUGGCGAUGAGAAGGAUUGA